AAUUUAAUGAUAAUAUUCUAGAUAGGAACAUUAUGGCACAAAGCCUUGAAGACAUGGGUAUAGCUGGUCAUUCUUUUUUACAAGAAGCAUUGACCAAUACAACUGAUCCUCUGGGUGCUAUAGAGGAAUUUCAGCAAGAGAACAGCAUUUUGUUGCCUUCACUUCAGCCAGCUUUGCCUUUAUUAGAUCUUCAUGGUCUGAAACGACUUGAUUUCCAUAAAUCAGUAUUUGAAGAACUUCGAGAAAAGUUGCAAUCGAGAAUUGAGGAAAUUUCUAAAUCAGGAGAUGAAGAUUCUCAUGAAAAAUUAGAGGCAAUACUAGAUAAAAGCUUUCCUCUUAUUAAAAUCAAGUCUCUCCAGCCAGUGACGAUGUGCUUGUUUAAGCAUUUACCGGAGGUACCAGAAAAAUAUUUGAAAGCUUUGAUAAAGGACAAGGAGUUGUAUAAAUCAAGUCCAAUUGAAGUUAAAAGACAAAUUUGGCAAAAUAAUCAAGCUAUGUUUGGAGAUGAAGUAUUGCCGCUUUUAAAUCAGUAUAUUAAGGAUAAAGAUACAAUCAUAUUUUCUACGGAGGGUGGCAUGAACAAUUUUUUUUCAUCUUUACCGAAACAGAGACGACAGGGAACUGUCGUCAAACAAUUGGCUAAUAUGAUUGGGAAAAAUGUCAGACUCUAUGAUAUGGUACUUCAGUUUCUGAGAACUUUGUUUAUGAAGACGAAAAAUGUUCAUUACUGCUCAUUGAGAGCAGAGAUUCUGAUGGCUCUCCAUGAUCUUGAGAUUUCAGAUAUAUGUUCUGUUGAUCCAUGUUAUAAAUUUACUUGGUGUCUUGAUGCAUGCAUUCGAGAAAAAUAUGUUGAUGUCAAAAGAGCGAGAGAACUACAAGGUUUUUUGGACAGUGUGCGCAGGGGACAUGAGCAGGUCUUGGGCGAUCUAUCUAUGAUAUUGUUUGAUCCAUUUGCUGUGAAUACGAUGUUAUGGAGUAUUAUGAAGGUGUUGCAAGAUCUAACAACUCAUGAAACAUUACCUCGGGACAGCGCAGAGUUAGUUUUGUUGAUACGGAUGCUCGCUCUUGGACAAUCUGCCUGGGAAAUAAUCAAUAAACAGGUGUUCAAAGAACCGAGAAUUGACUUGGAUGUUGUAACACGUUUCAUGCCUGCAUUACUCUCUAUUGGUGUUUGCAACACGAUCUCUAAUAUUGUGAAAAAGACUGACGACUUCAAAAAAUCUGGAAUGCAACACAAUGAACAACAACAAGACUCAAGCACAUCGGAAACUGAAGAUAAAAAGAAUUUCGAUGAUUCUACAUCUGUGCAAGUUCUAAUCACAUUUCUGCAACAGGAGCCUCUUUCUUGCCAGAUCUGCAUGUGGUAUAUACUGUACUUAGUGAAAUAUAGAAGGAAAACACUGCUAUUAAAAAUUCUAUCCAUUUUAGGCAAACACCAUAAAGAAAGCAGCACAGACCCAAUCUUUCUUCAUGCAUUAGUUGCCCAGUUAUCAGUUGCGCCAGGACCUGUUGCAUUAGAAGACAUUCUCAGUGAUGAAGACUUUUGCCAAACUUUGUUCAAGUUUAUGUUGCCUGGUCGACAACACAAGGAAGUGUCACAGAAACAAACCCUUCGUUUGCUCCUGUCAACUUAUCACAGAAUUCCAGCAUCUCGAUCAAAACCACUGAUUGCAAAGUUAGAAUCAAAAGGAAAAAAGCAUUCUGAAGUUGUUGCAGAUCUGCUUUCGAAAGUUAACAAGAAAAUAUCUGAUCUCGAGUCUGUAGCGGCAGAGAAGAAAGCUCUCCCGAAGGAAGAUCCUUCACUUUUGGGAGUCCCCACUCCAGCGCCAAUAUGAAUGGGAUGCUUGUGAAUGUUGAGUAUGAUGACCUUUCCUCACGAAGAAGCUGGAGGGUAAAAAAAGAACCAGGAACGCAGUUGACUCCGGGCUUUCUUUACUGCCAAGCUGUUGCAUUAUUAAAAAACACUCCUAGUAAUUAGUGUUAGAAUGAAUGCAAUUCAGUGCAGAAGGACUGACUCGAGAAACAUCCCUUGCAACUGUGCUGUUGUUGUUUGCUUCAUUUUCGCUGUUCAUUUUUAUUAAAAAUGUGAUAAAUACAUGUUCAUGCCGAGUUUUGAAAAUUA